CCACCAUAGCCCCCCGACUGGACUGAUACAGUAGCCCCCACCCUUCCCUCCUCCACUCCACUUUCCCCCCAUCCCCGCCGCCGUUGGUCGGUCGGCCUCCCGCCGCGGCCGCUCCGCUCCACCAGGAGCAUGCCCUUGGGUUUUUCACCGCUGCUGCCACCAAGAGGUUCAGGCUCAGGCCGCGUCGCGACGAGCCGCCCCCCGCUGGCACGCGCGCCCGCGCCAGCAAAAAGGCGAAGAUUCCCGGCCAAGCCUCCAGUCCCCUCCACACCAUCCUCCUCCACCUCCUCGCCCCUGUAGCCCAGAUCUGCCGCUCGCCCCCAUCCCCCUCCCCCGCUCCCCGCGCCGCCAGAUUCGCCGCCGACAUGCGCCCGCCGCGGCAGUGCCUCUGACCCAACGGGGGAAACAAAAAAGGCUUCCGCUUUCGAGACUCCUCCGCCCCGCUCCGAUGGGGUGCGGCCAGUCCAAGCUGGAGGAGGAGCUGGCCGUGAAGCACUGCCGGGAGCGCUCCGAGCUGCUGGCCAGCGCCAUCCGACACCGCUACGCGCUCGCCGACGCGCACCGCGCCUACGCCGACUCGCUCGCCAGGGUCGGCGACGCGCUGCACAACUUCGUCCGCGGCGUCCAGACGCUGCCCCCGCCGCCGCCCGAGCCCACGCUCCACCUGCCCCCCGGCAACCGCAAGGGGGACGGCCUGCCCGCCGCCUCGCCCGCCAACAACCCUGGCGGCCGCGGCGGGCCCGCAAUCGCCUCCUCCUCCAACGGCCAGGCGCCGCCGCCCGUCGCCAAGCAGGUCCGCAUCAACCCCGACGACGAGCACAUCCACUUCCACUCCGACGGGGACUCCGAUUCCGAGGACGGCCACAUCAAGUUCCACUCCGACGACGAGGCCAACCCGGCCCAGCGCCGCCCCGAGAUCGUUCGGUCCGCCGGGGAGCCGCCGGGCCAGAGGCCGCCGCCGCAGCAGAUGGGGCAGCCGCAGUACGGCUCCUCCGCGUACGGCCCGCCGCCGUCGUAUGGUGCUCCUCCGGGGUACGGGUAUGGAUAUCCCCCUCCACCUGACUACGGCGGCAUGGGUGGCCCCGGCGGCUAUGACCCGGGCUAUGGUGGCAUGGGGGGCGCCGGAGGGAAUGGACCGGGAUACAGCAGCAUGGGACCACCGCCACCCAGUAGUGAUGGCUAUGACCCACCGGGCUACGGCGGCAUUGCUGGCUAUGGCCAGAGCUUCUUCAACUAUUCCCGUAGCCAGCCCCCACCGCCGUCCGUUUCACACCAGCACCGGCCGGAGGCCACCGACGCCACGGUCAAGACCUUCUUCAACAUCAGCUACGCGCGUGGUCAGCCACCGCCGCCGUCCGUAUCGUUUGAGCAACGCCCGGAGGCCAGUGAUGCUACGGUUCAGACCUUCUUCAAUACCAGCUAUGCGCGGGGACAGCCCCCUCCACCGUCGGCAGGGUACGAGCAACGCCCGCAGGCCAGUGAUGCCAGGGUCCACUAUUAUGGUGACGGCGGCGCACAGCCGCCGCCGCGCGGGUACAAUGGGUAUGCCGCCCCGCCACAGAGUUCCUAUAACCAGUAUGCCUAUGGUGGUUACUAUGGCGGUGCUGCUGCUCCACCUCCGGCAGAUAUGCCAUCCACCUCCCGCGAGGAAGCCGCGCCACCACCGCCUCCAUCUCCGCCAAGGGUGUCUACUUGGGACUUCUUGAACCCAUUUGAGACCUAUGGGAGCUACUAUGAGCAGCCAGCUGCAGCUCCAACGCCAUACACUCCCAGCAGGAGUUCCAAAGAUGUGCGCGAGGAGGAGGGCAUCCCUGAUUUGGAGGAUGAGGACAUGGAGGUAGUCAAGGAAGCUUAUGGUGAUGACAAGCACCCCAAUGGGUACACUGGGAAAGGGAAGGCGGCAAAGGAGGAAGGUAGGAGCAGUACUGGGGAUGAACUGCCCCGUGACUCCAAGUCGUCGGUGCCAAGUAGCAGUGGGAGCAGCUUGGAUCAUGAUGUUCAUGUAGUGGAGAAGAGUGUUGUCGGAGAACAGGUGCAGCGAACUGACGCACGCCAACAUGUUGCUGGCCUGCCGCCCACAGGAUCAGAGAAGACGUACGUUGAUGACAAUGAGGUGGUGCUCGAGAUCAAGGCUCAGUUCGAGCGUGCCUCCAGUUCAGCUGGUGAGGUGUCCAAGAUGCUUGAGGUCGGCAAGAUGCCUUACUACCAGAAAAGUUCCGGCUUCAAAGUAUCUGCGAUGAUGAUUUGUGGGAUACCGACAAUGGAGGAGGAGUUCCUGCGGUUCGAAGAGGACAAAGCAAUGGGAUGUGGCAACCUUUCCUCGACGCUGCAGAAACUCUACAUGUGGGAAAGGAAGCUUCUUCAGGAAGUUAAGGCUGAAGAGGAGGAAAGGCUCAAGUACGAUAGGAAACGCCAGGACCUGCAAAUAUUAGAUGAGAAAGGUGCAGAAGCUGAAAAGAUCAUAGCGACGGAAAAGGAAAUAAGGAAGUUAUCAACAAGGAUAAGCAUAGCUAUUCAGGUUGUGAACACUAUCUCAGGCAAGAUCAGUAAGCUAAGGGAUGAUGAGUUAUGGCCACAAACAUGUGAGCUCAUUCAAGGGUUGAUGCGGAUGUGGGACGUUAUGUUAGAAUGCCAUCAGAUCCAGCUGCAUGCCAUAUCCCAAGCUAAAAACAUAGACUCCAUGAUAGAUACUGCAAGGUUUGGUGAAGAUCACAUGACCUUGAUCAAGAGUCUAGAGCUUCAGCUAUUGGACUGGACUACCUGCUUUGCCGGAUGGGUUGCCGCUCAAAAGAACUAUGUUAGUACGUUGAAUGAGUGGCUGCUGAAAGGAGUUGAUUAUGUACCCGAGGAAACGGACGACGGCGUCCCUCCAUUUUCUCCUGGACGGUUAGGUGCACCGCCCAUCUUUGUGAUAUGUAAUAAUUGGGCAGCCGGUGUGGCGAGGAUAUCCGAGAAGGAAGUCGUCAAGGCAAUGCAGGCAUUUGCGUCCAAUGUCCUCCACCUCUGGGAGAAGCACAGGUCGCAGCAAAGGCAGGGUAUGAUGGCGAAUAAAGGUAUGGACAGGGGCCUGAGAGUGAUGGAGAAGGAUGAACAGGCAAUGCGCAAGGCUCUGGAAGCAAAGAACAAGAAGCUUGUCCUGGUUUCUGACCAGACAGGCGUGUCCUUGUCCGCACAGGUGUUACAAGGCGCAGGCCCCCAGGCCGAAAACAGCAGUUUGCAGUCAAGUCUGCGGAAUAUUUUUGAAGCGAUGGAGACCUUCACUGCUGCCUCCGCAAAUACUUACAAGGAUCUCAAUCUUCGCGCGGAGGAAGAGAAAGCUCGAGUUGCCGAAGAGAGCAGUGGCAGUGUUCCGUAGCUCCCACGCUUAUGUUUGCUGCUACAAGAGGACACAAGCCUUUGUCAGUGCAAAGAAAACUGACCAUGGUGAUUCAGAUCGGAACUGUAGUGUGCAUGGCUGUGGCUUGAUUCUGGUGGCUGGCUUCCCGUUGAUGCACCCGCCAUCCUUUAGCUCUCCACAUUUUGGCUGUGGCGAUGCCGAGCAGGUCUGAGGCAGGCUGAGACAUGAUGAGACCUCACCUUGUUGAAUUGAGAAUAGCCUUUGAGGGAUUGGAUGGCUGGCCGUCUGCUCAGGCCAUACCUGAGAAGUAGCAAGGAAACUGUAGUGUCAAUCGAAUCAAGAGGAGGCACUCGCGGCUACUCAUGCAUCUCAGCAACACAGCAGCACCGGGGCAGCCAAUCCCUGAUCUAAGCAAUGGGGUUUCCAUACACCGCACAGAGUGAAGAAAGAAACCCGAUCGUCAUGCUGCCAGGAGUUGGACGCUGCUGAAAUGUGAGUUGUACAGGUUCCAGCGGUGGCGGUGCCGAGGGGUAAGCGGAGCCGGUGAUCGAACUGGGCAGCAGCUUUGCAUAGCCAGAGCAGCGACUCUUUGAGUAGAGCAGUAUAGGGUGGUACUUGACCUAGAGGCCGAUCGAUCAACCAUAGGAUAUAGUAGUAGAUGAUAUUUUAUGGCUGCUAACCGCCCCUCUGGCCUUCGGUCACCUGAAUUUUUUGGUUGUUCUUGUUGGUUGUGUUUAUUCGUAUAGAAGAAUGUACUAUGAUUCAUUGGUGCCGUUGGUUGGUUUGGUUGUCUUGUGUACAGCUGCUGGCUAAUUUAGUAGCUUAACUGAAA